AUGCAAAUGGACACCUCAACCCUCAUUGCCUUGGGGUCUCUUGUGGCGACUGUUAUCGAUGAAACGCGCCAAGCGAGAGUCAAUAAGAACAUGCGCAUGCACGAAGGAGCAAAGACAGCGUCCUUGCGCAGCGUGGAAUCAGAGAAGCCUCAGAUGCACUACCCAAGGUUCAGAAGACCUGAUGGAGAUGCGCGGCAACAGCAACUCAACAACUGUAGAAAUUCUCAGCCCAGUCUUUCUCUCAAAACAAGAACUUCUACCACCACGUCAUUCUCCUCAACAAUAAAAACAACAACAAUCACAAUGGACGGCGAACUCUCAAACUCUCACUACAUCCGCCGCCCCUCCACUUUCCUUUCGCUCGUACCCGUCGCGCACAAGGACUAUGAAGUCAAGUCACAGGCGACGUCUCCCGUCGAGUCCAAGUCUCCAGUCAAUGCAAAGAUGUCUGUAGAAUCCCCUGUCAUCAAGGCCACGGAGGUCGAGGAGCACCCAAUCAAGACUGUCCGGUCCGACAGCACCAGCAGCCAGGCCUCAUUCGCAUUCCUCUCGCUCAUCCCCACACAGCACCAGAAGACCACAUUCUGA